AUGUCGUGGCGUACCGGUAGCGGCGAUCACACCACAGCUGAGACCGGUGAACAGGAGGGCGCGCCUAGUCCUCCAUCUAUAUUACCAGCGAUGGUCCUUCUCACGAAGAUGGAGAACAAUAACAGCAUCGACAUCACAGAGUCCGGUCUGAAAUCUUCUAAAUAUUUUCUCGAAACCAGCACUACCCAGCAAGCCCUAUCAGAGAAAACACAAUCCUCACCACUUCAACCCACCCCCACAAAAUCGCCACAAAAUCACAACAGUCACCCAAAUCAACCUAACCCCACAUCUCUUCCAAUGUCGCAAGUAAACACAACAACAUGGCGGACAACCGCAGACCACUCCUCAGAUUCAGACGAAGACUAUUUCGAGCUAAACCCAACGCAAGCAAUAUCCGGCCGCAACAUCGAUCCAAUGAAGCUCAAAGUCCUUCUCAGAACCAAAUUCGGCGCAGGAGCAUAUGACAUGCAUCUUAUGCAGAAUUCAUACCGUAUAAGCGCACCGAGAAAACUCUCCAAUAGCGAGAUUGCUAGAUGUAGGCGGAACUAA